CAACAGUCGCUGACGUAGUUUUUGGGGGCAUUGUUGAAGCAGAGGGAAAGCGCGUAGUCAACAGCUUGUACAGAUUUUAAAUAGCGUUUUGGGGGCUUUAGUAUUGUUUAGCAUAAAUAUCCAGGACCCUUAACAUAAGGCUUUUCGAACACAGUUAGAUAUAGACACACCAGUCUUUAAAAACAAAGCAUUUGGCCAGACUGCGCGCUUAGCGAAAGCUAACAGUUCCUCUCUCUGAAAAGAGGCUCACAAAGGAAAUGCGGUCGAAACAUUAACUGGGAAUUAAUCGAGGGAGACAACAACAACAAACAGUUAGCAACACAGACAAUCUCUCAAGCUAUUGUGUAACUUCAGGCUAGUGGAGCGGUCUCCAGUAAAACAAAAACAACAACUCUGGAUUUGUUUGUCAGCUUAUUAAUACCAUUUUAUCUGAUUUGUUUUUGUUUCUAUAGCGCACUGCUACAUCGUUACGUGCCUGUAGCGUGGCUACAUUAAUAGGUUAAUUUACGCUAUGUGAAGAAUGAAGCUGCCAUUAUGGCGACACUCGUGAAAAGAAAGAUGCACAGAGACUCACAUCCUGAAACUAGGAGGAGGUAGCUCACUUAGCCUGCAGGACGAGCGAGCUAGCGUGUAGCUAAAGCUAAAAAAAACAGGCCAGUGAACUCUUACUCAGCUUUCUUCUAGUGUCACAGUGUUUGUGGUGUUUAACCUGAAUGUAGACUAACUAAGCAGCUGGUCCUUGUGUCUAUAAACAAGAUAACCUUAGUGUUUUUUUGCAGUACGGUUCAGUUAGCAUUUGGCUAACGGGCUAAUGAAUUAGCCGAAGCUAACGUAGAGAGACGACACACAGAGCUGCUGACUUUAACGACUAGUGGCUGCUUUUCCUCCAAACUUAAGGAUGGCAGCCUCUACAACCGAGGCCGUGUUUUUGUUAAAGGAUGUGAAGCCCGGCUCGAAAAAUUUAAAUAUCGUUUUCAUCGUAUUGGAAAUAGGACGAGUAACCAAAACGAAAGAUGGCCAUGAGGUUCGCUCCUGCAAGGUGGCAGACAAGAGUGGGAGCAUUGCUAUCUCUGUUUGGGAUGAGCUCGGCAGCCUUAUUCAGCCAGGAGACAUCAUCAAGUUGACCAGAGGCUAUGCAUCCAUAUGGAAAGGCUGCCUGACCCUAUACACUGGAAGAGGAGGAGAUCUACAGAAGAUUGGAGAGUUCUGCAUGGUGUAUUCAGAAGUGCCCAACUUCAGUGAACCAAACCCAGAGCUGCUAACCCAAGGAAACCAGCAAAACAAGUCUGGUAAACCAGACCAGAAUCAGAGGGGAAACUCUCCACCCAACCAGAAUUCAGGUACACCUGCCCCACCAGGUAAUGGUGCCAUGCCACCAUUUAACAACAACAAUCCACCAUCCGGUGCACCCCGCGACCCUGCUUUCGGGGGCAUUGGCCGACCUAAUGGUCGGACACCCGGCAACGGAGCACCUCCAGUUACAGCUGCAGGACCCCCAACAGCUUCAAAGUCUUCAGUUACCAUUAGCAAUGGCAGGGACCCACGGCGUGCCAAAAGAUGAAAUUGGGGUUACGGGGAUCAUGUUGGAAAACUGUGGAUGUCCCCAUAUUCCCUUAUCCCUUUUUUUUUUUCUUCAGAUUAACAUUUCUCCUCCUUCCCCAUCACAGCCUGUCAUGGCUUUCAAAAAAUAACAAUGAAUGACAUUGGGAACAACUUGCAUCAUUUUUAUAAAGGCUAACAUUGUCAGUUGUUGUUUAUCAUGAAUAGUAGCGCACUCAGUAAGCAGCACAGAGUGAUUGUGAUCUACCACUUGAUGCACUAGCAGGACUUCUUAUAUAAUCAGCCUUGGUGGUUGAGUUGUGGUCAGCCUUCUCACAUCACACCCUUUCCCUCUAAAUCUCACUGCAAAUUGCCAGUCCUGUGCCAGUGAUACCUCCCCCAUACACUGUCCUAAACCUCCUUCCCUAUUAUUGUUUUUUUUUUUUCAAGCUAUACACCCUACUUGAACACUUGAUGCACUUUCUUCUCUUAAUUUAUGUGUGGGUAAGGUUGUCAUUUAAAUCAGGAAAAAAACGUUUCUGCUUUUAAGUGGAAAAGGCCUUAAGUUGGUGAAAAAUUAGUUGUUGGACUGAAUGCACAAGCGACAUUCUUCAAAGGGUCUUCUCUCUCUUAACCAAACUGUAUCUGAAGUGACUCUGUGACAGGAAAGGUGUUAGUUUUGAAUUUUUAAUGGUAGGUAGAUUGAUUAUUAAACUGUUUUUCAUACAUACAUACAUUCUUUUUUUUUUCUUGUUUGCCAUCAAAUUGUACCUUGAUCAAGGUGGGACCACUUAAAAACUGGCAACGGUUCACCAAAUAAAUUUUACAGUAAUUCUGCUGCCACAUUUGGUUUUCUGUAGUUUGUUUGACAGUGACACGCAUUCAUAAAAUGUAUGUCCAGUUGGUUACAGUACACUUUAAUGUUUAAACCUGCCCUGUGCAGCCAUGACUAUAAAAAGUUUGUUACAAGGUUGUUGUUUUUUUUUAGUGGGGCAUUUAAACAUUUUUCUAUUGAUAUAAGUAUCAUCAGCACCCUAGUCAAACCAUUACACAGUAUAAAAGGGUCUAUAAGCUGUCCUGCUGU